AUGUUUGCCUCGGUGCUUUUCGCUUUAGUUGUCGCUUCACAGGUAAUUCGUGCAGUACCUUCGCCGAACUCUCUAGGCUCAGAUCUCACCAUUUUAAUCAACAACGUUAUUCUUGUCCAUCAGCUGAUUCUGGCAUUAUCUCGAGACUCUGCUGCAGAUGAUUGUGCUGCACUGGGUGAGCAGCUAUGGAGUCCGCCGACAGCAACCACGAAUAUCCAACCGAAUCUUGAUUACCUGACAUACUCUUCCAAUUACUCUUCGGAUCAACAGUAUUGGAUUGCUCCACAGAACUCCACUCCAAGAGCGAUCGAUGGUCUAGGGCACAUUUGGGAUAAUUCAACACUCAGUCCCCAUUCCAGACUUCCAGCAUUUUGCACACAGUCUGCGCCGUUCUCCAACUCUUCUUUUCAAGAUCCCAGUCGACGUUGGCAAGUAACUGUUCAUUCCAACAACGAGUAUCUUACCGGAUUCCGUGAUCGAUUGAGCUUCCGCUUCCUCGGCGUUCGAUACGCUCCUCAACCAAAACGUUUUACGUAUUCGACUCGAUACGUUGGCACGGGAAGCAAUGUCAGCGCGACUUCAUACGGAUCAGAAUGUGUACAAUCUGGAGGAGGCUCCGAAGACUGCCUCUUCUUAAACAUAUGGACUCCAUAUCUUCCCGCUCACGGCGGAGCCCCAGCUAGCAAGCUGAAGCCUGUAAUGUUUUGGAUACAUGGGGGAGCAUUCACUGGUGGAACUGGUAACGAUCCUACCUUUGAUGGAGGUAAUGUCGUUUCUCGAGGUGACGUCGUGAUGGUUGCAAUCAAUUAUCAACUUUCAACUCUGGGUUUCCUGGCUCUUAAUGACGGUGUUACGAAAGGUAAUUUUGGCAUCGCAGAUCAAAUUAAUGCUCUGGACUGGGUUCGAAAAAACAUUCAAGAUUUUGGAGGCGAUCUGGACCGAAUCACCGUCUUCGGCCAAUCCGCAGGUGCGGCCUCUGUGAGAGCCCUUCUUGCCUCUCCGAAAUCGGUUGGGAAAUUCCAAGGUGCAAUCCCUCAAAGUAACCUUGGAGGAGGUGGAUACGGAACAACCUAUUCGUCAUGGCUGAGCAUUGACUCUGAGAUGACUAUGGCUGCUGAUGCAAUCCUGAGCGCCACCAACUGCUCGUCUGCUGCCUCACAGGUGGAUUGUCUACGUGCCAUUAAUGCAUCUACUUUGGUCAGUCUACCCACGGUAGCUCGGUACCUGGUCGUAGACGGGACAUACCUUACGUCCUCGGAACUGAUCGUGAAUGGUAGCGCGAAUGCUGCCCUGAAAGGUGUCCACAUCAUGGAGGGACUCAUGCGUGACGACGGAGCUGCGAUUAUCUCUUAUGUUCAGACCACAAACCUGACUACAUCUUUGAACCAAGAUGGAUUCAGUGCCGCGUCUAUCAUUCCUUCAGAUCUCUUUCCCCAACCAACUGGCACAAACACAUCCCUCGAUGUUUUCAACGUCACAUCGCGGGUGGGUACUGAUACCAUCUUUCGAUGUAUCGAUCAAGCGACCGCCUAUUCAGUGAUGUUGAACAAUGUCUUUGCACCGGACCAAUACUUCUAUGAAUUCAAUCGCUCCUACCAAACCCCAGGGUUUGAUCCAAAUGCUCCUGUCUGCGACGCACCAAAGAGCGCGGCAUACCCCAACGGUGAUCCCAACCAAGAGUAUUUCAAAUGUCACUCAGGUGAACUCUAUUUCGUUUUCGGGAAUCUCUGGUUCAAUGGUCUUCCUUUGAGGGAUUGGAAUGAUCUAACAUUUCAACAAUUUGUCCUCGAUUCCUGGACCAGUUUUGCACGAACCUACAAUCCUAAUCCCGAGCCUGGACUUUUGACCGCGAGAGGUUACACUAAUACGAGCAUGGAGAUUGAGGUGGCCGGGAUGUGGCAGCCGGUCAAGAGUGGAAUGGAGAUGAGGGAGCUGGAGUGGCCGAGUUACCAGACAGCGUUCCGGGAUGUAGAGCAAUGCGCAGCGCUUGGGUGGCCAAUCACUUAUUAUUCUGGGUAA